AUGGGUGAAGAGGAGGUGCAGGGUGAAGAGGAGGUGCAGGGUGAAGAGGAGGUGCAGGGUGAAGAGGAGGUGCAGGGUGAAGAGGAGGUGCAGGGUGAAGAGGAGGUGCAGGGUGAAGAGGAGGUGCAGGGUGAAGAGGAGGUGCAGGGUGAAGAGGAGGUGCAGGGUGAAGAGGAGGUGCAGGGUGAAGAGGAGGUGCAGGGUGAAGAGGAGGUGCAGGGUGAAGAGGAGGUGCAGGGUGAAGAGGAGGUGCAGGGUGAAGAGCAGGUGCAGGGUGAAGAGGAGGUGCAGGGUGAAGAGCAGGUGCAGGGUGAAGAGGAGGUGCAGGGUGAAGAGCAGGUGCAGGGUGAAGAGGAGGUGCAGGGUGAAGAGCAGGUGCAGGGUGAAGAGCAGGUGCAGGGUGAAGAGGAGGUGCAGGGUGAAGAGGAGGUGCAGGGUGAAGAGCAGGUGCAGGGUGAAGAGCAGGUGCAGGGUGAAGAGCAGGUGCAGGGUGAAGAGCAGGUGCAGGGUGAAGAGGAGGUGCAGGGUGAAGAGGAGGUGCAGGGUGAAGAGGAGGUGCAGGGUGAAGAGGAGGUGCAGGGUGAAGAGGAGGUGCAGGGUGAAGAGGAGGUGCAGGGUGAAGAGGAGGUGCAGGGUGAAGAGGAGGUGCAGGGUGAAGAGGAGGUGCAGGGUGAAGAGCAGGUGCAGGGUGAAGAGGAGGUGCAGGGUGAAGAGCAGGUGCAGGGUGAAGAGGAGGUGCAGGGUGAAGAGCAGGUGCAGGGUGAAGAGGAGGUGCAGGGUGAAGAGCAGGUGCAGGGUGAAGAGGAGGUGCAGGGUGAAGAGCAGGUGCAGGGUGAAGAGCAGGUGCAGGGUGAAGAGCAGGUGCAGGGUGAAGAGCAGGUGCAGGGUGAAGAGCAGGUGCAGGGUGAAGAGGAGGUGCAGGGUGAAGAGGAGGUGCAGGGUGAAGAGGAGGUGCAGGGUGAAGAGGAGGUGCAGGGUGAAGAGGAGGUGCAGGGUGAAGAGGAGGUGCAGGGUGAAGAGGAGGUGCAGGGUGAAGAGCAGGUGCAGGGUGAAGAGGAGGUGCAGGGUGAAGAGCAGGUGCAGGGUGAAGAGGAGGUGCAGGGUGAAGAGCAGGUGCAGGGUGAAGAGGAGGUGCAGGGUGAAGAGCAGGUGCAGGGUGAAGAGGAGGUGCAGGGUGAAGAGCAGGUGCAGGGUGAAGAGCAGGUGCAGGGUGAAGAGCAGGUGCAGGGUGAAGAGCAGGUGCAGGGUGAAGAGCAGGUGCAGGGUGAAGAGCAGGUGCAGGGUGAAGAGCAGGUGCAGGGUGAAGAGCCGGUGCAGGGUGAAGAGGAGGUGCAGGGUGAAGAGCCGGUGCAGGGUGAAGAGGAGGUGCAGGGUGAAGAGCCGGUGCAGGGUGAAGAGGAGGUGCAGGGUGAAGAGGAGGUGCAGGGUGAAGAGGAGGUGCAGGGUGAAGAGGAGGUGCAGGGUGAAGAGGAGGUGCAGGGUGAAGAGGAGGUGCAGGGUGAAGAGGAGGUGCAGGGUGAAGAGGAGGUGCAGGGUGAAGAGGAGGUGCAGGGUGAAGAGGAGGUGCAGGGUGAAGAGGAGGUGCAGGGUGAAGAGGAGGUGCAGGGUGAAGAGGAGGUGCAGGGUGAAGAGGAGGUGCAGGGUGAAGAGGAGGUGCAGGGUGAAGAGGAGGUGCAGGGUGAAGAGCAGGUGCAGGGUGAAGAGGAGGUGCAGGGUGAAGAGCAGGUGCAGGGUGAAGAGGAGGUGCAGGGUGAAGAGCAGGUGCAGGGUGAAGAGGAGGUGCAGGGUGAAGAGCAGGUGCAGGGUGAAGAGCAGGUGCAGGGUGAAGAGGAGGUGCAGGGUGAAGAGGAGGUGCAGGGUGAAGAGCAGGUGCAGGGUGAAGAGCAGGUGCAGGGUGAAGAGCAGGUGCAGGGUGAAGAGCAGGUGCAGGGUGAAGAGGAGGUGCAGGGUGAAGAGGAGGUGCAGGGUGAAGAGGAGGUGCAGGGUGAAGAGCAGGUGCAGGGUGAAGAGGAGGUGCAGGGUGAAGAGCAGGUGCAGGGUGAAGAGGAGGUGCAGGGUGAAGAGCAGGUGCAGGGUGAAGAGGAGGUGCAGGGUGAAGAGCAGGUGCAGGGUGAAGAGGAGGUGCAGGGUGAAGAGCAGGUGCAGGGUGAAGAGCAGGUGCAGGGUGAAGAGGAGGUGCAGGGUGAAGAGGAGGUGCAGGGUGAAGAGCAGGUGCAGGGUGAAGAGCAGGUGCAGGGUGAAGAGCAGGUGCAGGGUGAAGAGGAGGUGCAGGGUGAAGAGGAGGUGCAGGGUGAAGAGCAGGUGCAGGGUGAAGAGCAGGUGCAGGGUGAAGAGCAGGUGCAGGGUGAAGAGCAGGUGCAGGGUGAAGAGGAGGUGCAGGGUGAAGAGGAGGUGCAGGGUGAAGAGGAGGUGCAGGGUGAAGAGGAGGUGCAGGGUGAAGAGCAGGUGCAGGGUGAAGAGGAGGUGCAGGGUGAAGAGCAGGUGCAGGGUGAAGAGGAGGUGCAGGGUGAAGAGCAGGUGCAGGGUGAAGAGGAGGUGCAGGGUGAAGAGCAGGUGCAGGGUGAAGAGCAGGUGCAGGGUGAAGAGGAGGUGCAGGGUGAAGAGGAGGUGCAGGGUGAAGAGGAGGUGCAGGGUGAAGAGCAGGUGCAGGGUGAAGAGCAGGUGCAGGGUGAAGAGCAGGUGCAGGGUGAAGAGGAGGUGCAGGGUGAAGAGGAGGUGCAGGGUGAAGAGGAGGUGCAGGGUGAAGAGGAGGUGCAGGGUGAAGAGCAGGUGCAGGGAGAAGAGGAGGUGCAGGGUGAAGAGGAGGUGCAGGGUGAAGAGGAGGUGCAGGGUGAAGAGGAGGUGCAGGGUGAAGAGGAGGUGCAGGGUGAAGAGCAGGUGCAGGGUGAAGAGGAGGUGCAGGGUGAAGAGCAGGUGCAGGGUGAAGAGGAGGUGCAGGGUGAAGAGCAGGUGCAGGGUGAAGAGGAGGUGCAGGGUGAAGAGCAGGUGCAGGGUGAAGAGCAGGUGCAGGGUGAAGAGGAGGUGCAGGGUGAAGAGGAGGUGCAGGGUGAAGAGCAGGUGCAGGGUGAAGAGCAGGUGCAGGGUGAAGAGCAGGUGCAGGGUGAAGAGCAGGUGCAGGGUGAAGAGGAGGUGCAGGGUGAAGAGGAGGUGCAGGGUGAAGAGGAGGUGCAGGGUGAAGAGCAGGUGCAGGGUGAAGAGGAGGUGCAGGGUGAAGAGCAGGUGCAGGGUGAAGAGGAGGUGCAGGGUGAAGAGCAGGUGCAGGGUGAAGAGGAGGUGCAGGGUGAAGAGCAGGUGCAGGGUGAAGAGGAGGUGCAGGGUGAAGAGCAGGUGCAGGGUGAAGAGCAGGUGCAGGGUGAAGAGGAGGUGCAGGGUGAAGAGGAGGUGCAGGGUGAAGAGCAGGUGCAGGGUGAAGAGCAGGUGCAGGGUGAAGAGCAGGUGCAGGGUGAAGAGGAGGUGCAGGGUGAAGAGGAGGUGCAGGGUGAAGAGCAGGUGCAGGGUGAAGAGCAGGUGCAGGGUGAAGAGCAGGUGCAGGGUGAAGAGCAGGUGCAGGGUGAAGAGGAGGUGCAGGGUGAAGAGGAGGUGCAGGGUGAAGAGGAGGUGCAGGGUGAAGAGGAGGUGCAGGGUGAAGAGGAGGUGCAGGGUGAAGAGCAGGUGCAGGGUGAAGAGGAGGUGCAGGGUGAAGAGCAGGUGCAGGGUGAAGAGGAGGUGCAGGGUGAAGAGCAGGUGCAGGGUGAAGAGGAGGUGCAGGGUGAAGAGCAGGUGCAGGGUGAAGAGCAGGUGCAGGGUGAAGAGGAGGUGCAGGGUGAAGAGGAGGUGCAGGGUGAAGAGGAGGUGCAGGGUGAAGAGGAGGUGCAGGGUGAAGAGGAGGUGCAGGGUGAAGAGGAGGUGCAGGGUGAAGAGGAGGUGCAGGGUGAAGAGGAGGUGCAGGGUGAAGAGGAGGUGCAGGGUGAAGAGGAGGUGCAGGGUGAAGAGCAGGUGCAGGGUGAAGAGGAGGUGCAGGGUGAAGAGGAGGUGCAGGGUGAAGAGGAGGUGCAGGGUGAAGAGGAGGUGCAGGGUGAAGAGCAGGUGCAGGGUGAAGAGGAGGUGCAGGGUGAAGAGCAGGUGCAGGGUGAAGAGGAGGUGCAGGGUGAAGAGGAGGUGCAGGGUGAAGAGGAGGUGCAGGGUGAAGAGGAGGUGCAGGGUGAAGAGGAGGUGCAGGGUGAAGAGGAGGUGCAGGGUGAAGAGGAGGUGCAGGGUGAAGAGGAGGUGCAGGGUGAAGAGGAGGUGCAGGGUGAAGAGGAGGUGCAGGGUGAAGAGGAGGUGCAGGGUGAAGAGCAGGUGCAGGGUGAAGAGCAGGUGCAGGGUGAAGAGCAGGUGCAGGGUGAAGAGGAGGUGCAGGGUGAAGAGCAGGUGCAGGGUGAAGAGGAGGUGCAGGGUGAAGAGCAGGUGCAGGGUGAAGAGCAGGUGCAGGGUGAAGAGGAGGUGCAGGGUGAAGAGGAGGUGCAGGGUGAAGAGCAGGUGCAGGGUGAAGAGCAGGUGCAGGGUGAAGAGCAGGUGCAGGGUGAAGAGCAGGUGCAGGGUGAAGAGGAGGUGCAGGGUGAAGAGGAGGUGCAGGGUGAAGAGGAGGUGCAGGGUGAAGAGCAGGUGCAGGGUGAAGAGGAGGUGCAGGGUGAAGAGCAGGUGCAGGGUGAAGAGGAGGUGCAGGGUGAAGAGCAGGUGCAGGGUGAAGAGGAGGUGCAGGGUGAAGAGCAGGUGCAGGGUGAAGAGGAGGUGCAGGGUGAAGAGCAGGUGCAGGGUGAAGAGCAGGUGCAGGGUGAAGAGGAGGUGCAGGGUGAAGAGGAGGUGCAGGGUGAAGAGCAGGUGCAGGGUGAAGAGCAGGUGCAGGGUGAAGAGCAGGUGCAGGGUGAAGAGGAGGUGCAGGGUGAAGAGGAGGUGCAGGGUGAAGAGCAGGUGCAGGGUGAAGAGCAGGUGCAGGGUGAAGAGCAGGUGCAGGGUGAAGAGCAGGUGCAGGGUGAAGAGGAGGUGCAGGGUGAAGAGGAGGUGCAGGGUGAAGAGGAGGUGCAGGGUGAAGAGGAGGUGCAGGGUGAAGAGCAGGUGCAGGGUGAAGAGGAGGUGCAGGGUGAAGAGCAGGUGCAGGGUGAAGAGGAGGUGCAGGGUGAAGAGCAGGUGCAGGGUGAAGAGGAGGUGCAGGGUGAAGAGCAGGUGCAGGGUGAAGAGCAGGUGCAGGGUGAAGAGGAGGUGCAGGGUGAAGAGGAGGUGCAGGGUGAAGAGGAGGUGCAGGGUGAAGAGCAGGUGCAGGGUGAAGAGCAGGUGCAGGGUGAAGAGCAGGUGCAGGGUGAAGAGGAGGUGCAGGGUGAAGAGGAGGUGCAGGGUGAAGAGGAGGUGCAGGGUGAAGAGGAGGUGCAGGGUGAAGAGCAGGUGCAGGGAGAAGAGGAGGUGCAGGGUGAAGAGGAGGUGCAGGGUGAAGAGGAGGUGCAGGGUGAAGAGGAGGUGCAGGGUGAAGAGGAGGUGCAGGGUGAAGAGCAGGUGCAGGGUGAAGAGGAGGUGCAGGGUGAAGAGCAGGUGCAGGGUGAAGAGGAGGUGCAGGGUGAAGAGCAGGUGCAGGGUGAAGAGGAGGUGCAGGGUGAAGAGCAGGUGCAGGGUGAAGAGCAGGUGCAGGGUGAAGAGGAGGUGCAGGGUGAAGAGGAGGUGCAGGGUGAAGAGCAGGUGCAGGGUGAAGAGCAGGUGCAGGGUGAAGAGCAGGUGCAGGGUGAAGAGCAGGUGCAGGGUGAAGAGGAGGUGCAGGGUGAAGAGGAGGUGCAGGGUGAAGAGGAGGUGCAGGGUGAAGAGCAGGUGCAGGGUGAAGAGGAGGUGCAGGGUGAAGAGCAGGUGCAGGGUGAAGAGGAGGUGCAGGGUGAAGAGCAGGUGCAGGGUGAAGAGGAGGUGCAGGGUGAAGAGCAGGUGCAGGGUGAAGAGGAGGUGCAGGGUGAAGAGCAGGUGCAGGGUGAAGAGCAGGUGCAGGGUGAAGAGGAGGUGCAGGGUGAAGAGGAGGUGCAGGGUGAAGAGCAGGUGCAGGGUGAAGAGCAGGUGCAGGGUGAAGAGCAGGUGCAGGGUGAAGAGGAGGUGCAGGGUGAAGAGGAGGUGCAGGGUGAAGAGCAGGUGCAGGGUGAAGAGCAGGUGCAGGGUGAAGAGCAGGUGCAGGGUGAAGAGCAGGUGCAGGGUGAAGAGGAGGUGCAGGGUGAAGAGGAGGUGCAGGGUGAAGAGGAGGUGCAGGGUGAAGAGGAGGUGCAGGGUGAAGAGGAGGUGCAGGGUGAAGAGCAGGUGCAGGGUGAAGAGGAGGUGCAGGGUGAAGAGCAGGUGCAGGGUGAAGAGGAGGUGCAGGGUGAAGAGCAGGUGCAGGGUGAAGAGGAGGUGCAGGGUGAAGAGCAGGUGCAGGGUGAAGAGCAGGUGCAGGGUGAAGAGGAGGUGCAGGGUGAAGAGGAGGUGCAGGGUGAAGAGCAGGUGCAGGGUGAAGAGCAGGUGCAGGGUGAAGAGCAGGUGCAGGGUGAAGAGCAGGUGCAGGGUGAAGAGGAGGUGCAGGGUGAAGAGGAGGUGCAGGGUGAAGAGGAGGUGCAGGGUGAAGAGCAGGUGCAGGGUGAAGAGGAGGUGCAGGGUGAAGAGGAGGUGCAGGGUGAAGAGCAGGUGCAGGGUGAAGAGCAGGUGCAGGGUGAAGAGCAGGUGCAGGGUGAAGAGCAGGUGCAGGGUGAAGAGGAGGUGCAGGGUGAAGAGGAGGUGCAGGGUGAAGAGGAGGUGCAGGGUGAAGAGGAGGUGCAGGGUGAAGAGGAGGUGCAGGGUGAAGAGGAGGUGCAGGGUGAAGAGGAGGUGCAGGGUGAAGAGCAGGUGCAGGGUGAAGAGGAGGUGCAGGGUGAAGAGGAGGUGCAGGGUGAAGAGGAGGUGCAGGGUGAAGAGCAGGUGCAGGGUGAAGAGGAGGUGCAGGGUGAAGAGCAGGUGCAGGGUGAAGAGGAGGUGCAGGGUGAAGAGGAGGUGCAGGGUGAAGAGGAGGUGCAGGGUGAAGAGGAGGUGCAGGGUGAAGAGGAGGUGCAGGGUGAAGAGGAGGUGCAGGGUGAAGAGGAGGUGCAGGGUGAAGAGGAGGUGCAGGGUGAAGAGGAGGUGCAGGGUGAAGAGGAGGUGCAGGGUGAAGAGGAGGUGCAGGGUGAAGAGGAGGUGCAGGGUGAAGAGGAGGUGCAGGGUGAAGAGGAGGUGCAGGGUGAAGAGGAGGUGCAGGGUGAAGAGGAGGUGCAGGGUGAAGAGGAGGUGCAGGGUGAAGAGGAGGUGCAGGGUGAAGAGGAGGUGCAGGGUGAAGAGGAGGUGCAGGGUGAAGAGGAGGUGCAGGGUGAAGAGGAGGUGCAGGGUGAAGAGGAGGUGCAGGGUGAAGAGGAGGUGCAGGGUGAAGAGGAGGUGCAGGGUGAAGAGGAGGUGCAGGGUGAAGAGGAGGUGCAGGGUGAAGAGGAGGUGCAGGGUGAAGAGGAGGUGCAGGGUGAAGAGGAGGUGCAGGGUGAAGAGGAGGUGCAGGGUGAAGAGGAGGUGCAGGGUGAAGAGGAGGUGCAGGGUGAAGAGGAGGUGCAGGGUGAAGAGGAGGUGCAGGGUGAAGAGGAGGUGCAGGGUGAAGAGGAGGUGCAGGGUGAAGAGGAGGUGCAGGGUGAAGAGGAGGUGCAGGGUGAAGAGGAGGUGCAGGGUGAAGAGGAGGUGCAGGGUGAAGAGGAGGUGCAGGGUGAAGAGGAGGUGCAGGGUGAAGAGGAGGUGCAGGGUGAAGAGGAGGUGCAGGGUGAAGAGGAGGUGCAGGGUGAAGAGGAGGUGCAGGGUGAAGAGGAGGUGCAGGGUGAAGAGGAGGUGCAGGGUGAAGAGGAGGUGCAGGGUGAAGAGGAGGUGCAGGGUGAAGAGGAGGUGCAGGGUGAAGAGGAGGUGCAGGGUGAAGAGGAGGUGCAGGGUGAAGAGGAGGUGCAGGGUGAAGAGCAGGUGCAGGGUGAAGAGGAGGUGCAGGGUGAAGAGGAGGUGCAGGGUGAAGAGGAGGUGCAGGGUGAAGAGGAGGUGCAGGGUGAAGAGGAGGUGCAGGGUGAAGAGGAGGUGCAGGGUGAAGAGGAGGUGCAGGGUGAAGAGGAGGUGCAGGGUGAAGAGGAGGUGCAGGGUGAAGAGGAGGUGCAGGGUGAAGAGGAGGUGCAGGGUGAAGAGGAGGUGCAGGGUGAAGAGGAGGUGCAGGGUGAAGAGGAGGUGCAGGGUGAAGAGGAGGUGCAGGGUGAAGAGGAGGUGCAGGGUGAAGAGGAGGUGCAGGGUGAAGAGGAGGUGCAGGGUGAAGAGGAGGUGCAGGGUGAAGAGGAGGUGCAGGGUGAAGAGGAGGUGCAGGGUGAAGAGGAGGUGCAGGGUGAAGAGGAGGUGCAGGGUGAAGAGGAGGUGCAGGGUGAAGAGGAGGUGCAGGGUGAAGAGGAGGUGCAGGGUGAAGAGGAGGUGCAGGGUGAAGAGCAGGUGCAGGGUGAAGAGGAGGUGCAGGGUGAAGAGGAGGUGCAGGGUGAAGAGGAGGUGCAGGGUGAAGAGCAGGUGCAGGGUGAAGAGGAGGUGCAGGGUGAAGAGGAGGUGCAGGGUGAAGAGGAGGUGCAGGGUGAAGAGGAGGUGCAGGGUGAAGAGGAGGUGCAGGGUGAAGAGGAGGUGCAGGGUGAAGAGGAGGUGCAGGGUGAAGAGGAGGUGCAGGGUGAAGAGGAGGUGCAGGGUGAAGAGCAGGUGCAGGGUGAAGAGGAGGUGCAGGGUGAAGAGGAGGUGCAGGGUGAAGAGGAGGUGCAGGGUGAAGAGCAGGUGCAGGGUGAAGAGGAGGUGCAGGGUGAAGAGCAGGUGCAGGGUGAAGAGGAGGUGCAGGGUGAAGAGGAGGUGCAGGGUGAAGAGCAGGUGCAGGGUGAAGAGCAGGUGCAGGGUGAAGAACAGGUGCAGGGUGAAGAGGAGGUGCAGGGUGAAGAGCAGGUGCAGGGUGAAGAGGAGGUGCAGGGUGAAGAGGAGGUGCAGGGUGAAGAGGAGGUGCAGGGUGAAGAGGAGGUGCAGGGUGAAGAACAGGUGCAGGGUGAAGAGGAGGUGCAGGGUGAAGAGCAGGUGCAGGGUGAAGAGGAGGUGCAGGGUGAAGAGGAGGUGCAGGGUGAAGAGGAGGUGCAGGGUGAAGAGCAGGUGCAGGGUGAAGAGGAGGUGCAGGGUGAAGAGGAGGUGCAGGGUGAAGAGGAGGUGCAGGGUGAAGAGGAGGUGCAGGGUGAAGAGGAGGUGCAGGGUGAAGAGCAGGUGCAGGGUGAAGAACAGGUGCAGGGUGAAGAGGAGGUGCAGGGUGAAGAGCAGGUGCAGGGUGAAGAGGAGGUGCAGGGUGAAGAGGAGGUGCAGGGUGAAGAGGAGGUGCAGGGUGAAGAGGAGGUGCAGGGUGAAGAACAGGUGCAGGGUGAAGAGGAGGUGCAGGGUGAAGAGCAGGGUGAAGAGGAGGUGCAGGGUGAAGAGCAGGUGCAGGGUGAAGAACAGGUGCAGGGUGAAGAGGAGGUGCAGGGUGAAGAGCAGGUGCAGGGUGAAGAGGAGGUGCAGGGUGAAGAGGAGGUGCAGGGUGAAGAGGAGGUGCAGGGUGAAGAGGAGGUGCAGGGUGAAGAACAGGUGCAGGGUGAAGAGGAGGUGCAGGGUGAAGAGCAGGUGCAGGGUGAAGAACAGGUGCAGGGUGAAGAGGAGGUGCAGGGUGAAGAACAGGUGCAGGGUGAAGAGGAGGUGCAGGGUGAAGAGCAGGUGCAGGGUGAAGAACAGGUGCAGGGUGAAGAGGAGGUGCAGGGUGAAGAGCAGGUGCAGGGUGAAGAGGAGGUGCAGGGUGAAGAGGAGGUGCAGGGUGAAGAGGAGGUGCAGGGUGAAGAGGAGGUGCAGGGUGAAGAGGAGGUGCAGGGUGAAGAGGAGGUGCAGGGUGAAGAGGAGGUGCAGGGUGAAGAGGAGGUGCAGGGUGAAGAGGAGGUGCAGGGUGAAGAGGAGGUGCAGGGUGAAGAGGAGGUGCAGGGUGAAGAGGAGGUGCAGGGUGAAGAGGAGGUGCAGGGUGAAGAGCAGGUGCAGGGUGAAGAACAGGUGCAGGGUGAAGAGGAGGUGCAGGGUGAAGAGCAGGUGCAGGGUGAAGAGGAGGUGCAGGGUGAAGAGGAGGUGCAGGGUGAAGAGGAGGUGCAGGGUGAAGAGGAGGUGCAGGGUGAAGAGGAGGUGCAGGGUGAAGAGGAGGUGCAGGGUGAAGAGCAGGUGCAGGGUGAAGAGGAGGUGCAGGGUGAAGAGGAGGUGCAGGGUGAAGAGGAGGUGCAGGGUGAAGAGGAGGUGCAGGGUGAAGAGGAGGUGCAGGGUGAAGAGGAGGUGCAGGGUGAAGAGCAGGUGCAGGGUGAAGAACAGGUGCAGGGUGAAGAGGAGGUGCAGGGUGAAGAAGCAGGUGAAGAGGAGGUGCAGGGUGAAGAGCAGGUGCAGGGUGAAGAGGAGGUGCAGGGUGAAGAGGAGGUGCAGGGUGAAGAGGAGGUGCAGGGUGAAGAGCAGGUGCAGGGUGAAGAGGAGGUGCAGGGUGAAGAGCAGGUGCAGGGUGAAGAGGAGGUGCAGGGUGAAGAGGAGGUGCAGGGUGAAGAGGAGGUGCAGGGUGAAGAGCAGGUGCAGGGUGAAGAACAGGUGCAGGGUGAAGAGGAGGUGCAGGGUGAAGAGCAGGUGCAGGGUGAAGAGGAGGUGCAGGGUGAAGAGGAGGUGCAGGGUGAAGAGGAGGUGCAGGGUGAAGAGGGAGGUGCAGGGUGCAGGGUUGAAGAGGAGGUGCAGGGUGAAGAGGAGGUGCAGGGUGAAGAGGAGGUGCAGGGUGAAGAGGAGGUGCAGGGUGAAGAGGAGGUGCAGGGUGAAGAGGAGGUGCAGGGUGAAGAGCAGGUGCAGGGUGAAGAACAGGUGCAGGGUGAAGAGGAGGUGCAGGGUGAAGAGAGGUGCAGGGUGAAGAGGAGGUGCAGGGUGAAGAGGAGGUGCAGGGUGAAGGCUGAAGAGGAGGUGCAGGGUGAAGAGCAGGUGCAGGGUGAAGAGGAGGUGCAGGGUGAAGAGGAGGUGCAGGGUGAAGAACAGGUGCAGGGUGAAGAGGAGGUGCAGGGUGAAGAACAGGUGCAGGGUGAAGAGGAGGUGCAGGGUGAAGAGCAGGUGCAGGGUGAAGAACAGGUGCAGGGUGAAGAGGAGGUGCAGGGUGAAGAGCAGGUGCAGGGUGAAGAGGAGGUGCAGGGUGAAGAGGAGGUGCAGGGUGAAGAGGAGGUGCAGGGUGAAGAGGAGGUGCAGGGUGAAGAGCAGGUGCAGGGUGAAGAGGAGGUGCAGGGUGAAGAGGAGGUGCAGGGUGAAGAGCAGGUGCAGGGUGAAGAACAGGUGCAGGGUGAAGAGGAGGUGCAGGGUGAAGAGCAGGUGCAGGGUGAAGAGGAGGUGCAGGGUGAAGAGCAGGUGCAGGUGAAGAGGAGGGUGAAGAGGGAGGUGCAGGGUGAAGAGGAGGUGCAGGGUGAAGAGGAGGUGCAGGGUGAAGAGGAGGUGCAGGGUGAAGAGGAGGUGCAGGGUGAAGAGGAGGUGCAGGGUGAAGAGGAGGUGCAGGGUGAAGAGGAGGUGCAGGGUGAAGAGGAGGUGCAGGGUGAAGAGGAGGUGCAGGGUGAAGAGGAGGUGCAGGGUGAAGAGGAGGUGCAGGGUGAAGAGGAGGUGCAGGUGCAGGGUGAAGAGGUGCAGGGUGAAGAGGAGGUGCAGGGUGAAGAGGAGGUGCAGGGUGAAGAGGAGGUGCAGGGUGAAGAGCAGGUGCAGGGUGAAGAGGAGGUGCAGGGUGAAGAGCAGGUGCAGGGUGAAGAGGAGGUGCAGGGUGAAGAGGAGGUGCAGGGUGAAGAGGAGGUGCAGGGUGAAGAGCAGGUGCAGGGUGAAGAGGAGGUGCAGGGUGAAGAGGAGGUGCAGGGUGAAGAGGAGGUGCAGGGUGAAGAGGAGGUGCAGGGUGAAGAGGAGGUGCAGGGUGAAGAGGAGGUGCAGGGUGAAGAGGAGGUGCAGGGUGAAGAGCAGGUGCAGGGUGAAGAGGAGGUGCAGGGUGAAGAGCAGGUGCAGGGUGAAGAGGAGGUGCAGGGUGAAGAGGAGGUGCAGGGUGAAGAGGAGGUGCAGGGUGAAGAGGAGGUGCAGGGUGAAGAGGAGGUGCAGGGUGAAGAGCAGGUGCAGGGUGAAGAGGAGGUGCAGGGUGAAGAGGAGGUGCAGGGUGAAGAGCAGGUGCAGGGUGAAGAGGAGGUGCAGGGUGAAGAGCAGGUGCAGGGUGAAGAGGAGGUGCAGGGUGAAGAGAGGUGCAGGGUGAAGAAGCAGGUGCAGGGUGAAGAGGAGGUGCAGGGUGAAGAGCAGGUGCAGGGUGAAGAGGAGGUGCAGGGUGAAAGAGCAGGUGCAGGGUGCAGGGGUGAAGAGGAGGUGCAGGGUGAAGAGGAGGUGCAGGGUGAAGAGGAGGUGCAGGGUGAAGAGGAGGUGCAGGGUGAAGAGGAGGUGCAGGGUGAAGAGGAGGUGCAGGGUGAAGAGGAGGGUGAAGAGGAGGUGCAGGGUGAAGAGGAGGUGCAGGGUGAAGAGGAGGUGCAGGGUGAAGAGGAGGUGCAGGGUGAAGAGCAGGGUGAAGAGGAGGUGCAGGGUGAAGAGGAGGUGCAGGGUGAAGAGGAGGUGCAGGGUGAAGAGGAGGUGCAGGGUGAAGAGGAGGUGCAGGGUGAAGAGAGGUGCAGGGUGAAGAGGAGGUGCAGGGUGAAGAGGAGGUGCAGGGUGAAGAGGAGGUGCAGGGUGAAGAGGAGGUGCAGGGUGAAGAGCAGGUGCAGGGUGAAGAGGAGGUGCAGGGUGAAGAGGAGGUGCAGGGUGAAGAGGAGGUGCAGGGUGAAGAGGAGGUGCAGGGUGAAGAGGCAGGUGCAGGGUGAAGAGGAGGUGCAGGGUGAAGAGGAGGUGCAGGGUGAAGAGGAGGUGCAGGGUGAAGAGGAGGUGCAGGGUGAAGAGGAGGUGCAGGGUGAAGAGGAGGUGCAGGGUGAAGAGGAGGUGCAGGGUGAAGAGGAGGUGCAGGGUGAAGAGGAGGUGCAGGGUGAAGAGGAGGUGCAGGGUGAAGAGGAGGUGCAGGGUGAAGAGGAGGUGCAGGGUGAAGAGGAGGUGCAGGGUGAAGAGGAGGUGCAGGGUGAAGAGGAGGUGCAGGGUGAAGAGGAGGUGCAGGGUGAAGAGGAGGUGCAGGGUGAAGAGGAGGUGCAGGGUGAAGAGGAGGUGCAGGGUGAAGAGCAGGUGCAGGGUGAAGAGGAGGUGCAGGGUGAAGAGGAGGUGCAGGGUGAAGAGCAGGUGCAGGGUGAAGAGGAGGUGCAGGGUGAAGAGGAGGUGCAGGGUGAAGAGCAGGUGCAGGGUGAAGAGGAGGUGCAGGGUGAAGAGCAGGUGCAGGGUGAAGAGGAGGUGCAGGGUGAAGAGGAGGUGCAGGGUGAAGAGCAGGUGCAGGGUGAAGAGGAGGUGCAGGGUGAAGAGCAGGUGCAGGGUGAAGAGGAGGUGCAGGGUGAAGAGGAGGUGCAGGGUGAAGAGGAGGUGCAGGGUGAAGAGGAGGUGCAGGGUGAAGAGGAGGUGCAGGGUGAAGAGGAGGUGCAGGGUGAAGAGCAGGUGCAGGGUGAAGAGGAGGUGCAGGGUGAAGAGCAGGUGCAGGGUGAAGAGGAGGUGCAGGGUGAAGAGCAGGUGCAGGGUGAAGAGGAGGUGCAGGGUGAAGAGGAGGUGCAGGGUGAAGAGCAGGUGCAGGGUGAAGAGGAGGUGCAGGGUGAAGAGGAGGUGCAGGGUGAAGAGGAGGUGCAGGGUGAAGAGGAGGUGCAGGGUGAAGAGGAGGUGCAGGGUGAAGAGGAGGUGCAGGGUGAAGAGGAGGUGCAGGGUGAAGAGGAGGUGCAGGGUGAAGAGGAGGUGCAGGGUGAAGAGGAGGUGCAGGGUGAAGAGGAGGUGCAGGGUGAAGAGGAGGUGCAGGGUGAAGAGGAGGUGCAGGGUGAAGAGGAGGUGCAGGGUGAAGAGGAGGUGCAGGGUGAAGAGGAGGUGCAGGGUGAAGAGGAGGUGCAGGGUGAAGAGGAGGUGCAGGGUGAAGAGGAGGUGCAGGGUGAAGAGGAGGUGCAGGGUGAAGAGGAGGUGCAGGGUGAAGAGGAGGUGCAGGGUGAAGAGGAGGUGCAGGGUGAAGAGGAGGUGCAGGGUGAAGAGGAGGUGCAGGGUGAAGAGGAGGUGCAGGGUGAAGAGGAGGUGCAGGGUGAAGAGGAGGUGCAGGGUGAAGAGGAGGGUGAAGAGGAGGUGCAGGGUGAAGAGGAGGUGCAGGGUGAAGAGGAGGUGCAGGGUGAAGAGGAGGUGCAGGGUGAAGAGGAGGUGCAGGGUGAAGAGGAGGUGCAGGGUGAAGAGGAGGUGCAGGGUGAAGAGGAGGUGCAGGGUGAAGAGGAGGUGCAGGGUGAAGAGGAGGUGCAGGGUGAAGAGGAGGUGCAGGGUGAAGAGCAGGUGCAGGGUGAAGAGCAGGUGCAGGGUGAAGAGCAGGUGCAGGGUGAAGAGGAGGUGCAGGGUGAAGAGGAGGUGCAGGGUGAAGAGCAGGUGCAGGGUGAAGAGGAGGUGCAGGGUGAAGAGCAGGUGCAGGGUGAAGAGGAGGUGCAGGGUGAAGAGCGAGUGCAGGGUGAAGAGGAGGUGCAGGGUGAAGAGGUGCAGGGUGAAGAGGAGGUGCAGGGUGAAGAGGAGGUGCAGGGUGAAGAGGAGGUGCAGGGUGAAGAGGAGGUGCAGGGUGAAGAGGAGGUGCAGGGUGAAGAGGAGGUGCAGGGUGAAGAGGAGGUGCAGGGUGAAGAGGAGGUGCAGGGUGAAGAGGAGGUGCAGGGUGAAGAGGAGGUGCAGGGUGAAGAGGAGGUGCAGGGUGAAGAGGAGGUGCAGGGUGAAGAGGAGGUGCAGGGUGAAGAGGAGGUGCAGGGUGAAGAGGAGGUGCAGGGUGAAGAGGAGGUGCAGGGUGAAGAGGAGGUGCAGGGUGAAGAGGAGGUGCAGGGUGAAGAGGAGGUGCAGGGUGAAGAGCAGGUGCAGGGUGAAGAGGAGGUGCAGGGUGAAGAGGAGGUGCAGGGUGAAGAGGAGGUGCAGGGUGAAGAGAGGUGCAGGGUGAAGAGGAGGUGCAGGGUGAAGAGGAGGUGCAGGGUGAAGAGGAGGUGCAGGGUGAAGAGGAGGUGCAGGGUGAAGAGGAGGUGCAGGGUGAAGAGGAGGUGCAGGGUGAAGAGGAGGUGCAGGGUGAAGAGGAGGUGCAGGGUGAAGAGGAGGUGCAGGGUGAAGAGGAGGUGCAGGGUUGAAGAGGAGGUGCAGGGUGAAGAGGAGGUGCAGGGUGAAGAGGAGGUGCAGGGUGAAGAGGAGGUGCAGGGUGAAGAGGAGGUGCAGGGUGAAGAGGAGGUGCAGGGUGAAGAGGAGGUGCAGGGUGAAGAGGAGGUGCAGGGUGAAGAGGAGGUGCAGGGUGAAGAGGAGGUGCAGGGUGAAGAGGAGGUGCAGGGUGAAGAGGAGGUGCAGGGUGAAGAGGAGGUGCAGGGUGAAGAGGAGGUGCAGGGUGAAGAGGAGGUGCAGGGUGAAGAGGAGGUGCAGGGUGAAGAGGAGGUGCAGGGUGAAGAGCAGGUGCAGGGUGAAGAGGAGGUGCAGGGUGAAGAGGAGGUGCAGGGUGAAGAGCAGGUGCAGGGUGAAGAGGAGGUGCAGGGUGAAGAGGAGGUGCAGGGUGAAGAGGAGGUGCAGGGUGAAGAGGAGGUGCAGGGUGAAGAGGAGGUGCAGGGUGAAGAGGAGGUGCAGGGUGAAGAGGAGGGUGAAGAGGAGGUGCAGGGUGAAGAGGAGGUGCAGGGUGAAGAGGAGGUGCAGGGUGAAGAGGAGGUGCAGGGUGAAGAGGAGGUGCAGGGUGAAGAGGAGGUGCAGGGUGAAGAGCAGGUGCAGGGUGAAGAGGAGGUGCAGGGUGAAGAGGAGGUGCAGGGUGAAGAGGAGGUGCAGGGUGAAGAGGAGGUGCAGGGUGAAGAGGAGGUGCAGGGUGAAGAGGAGGUGCAGGGUGAAGAGGAGGUGCAGGGUGAAGAGGAGGUGCAGGGUGAAGAGGAGGUGCAGGGUGAAGAGCAGGUGCAGGGUGAAGAGGAGGUGCAGGUGUUGAAGAGCAGGUCGCAGGGUGAAGAGGAGGUGCAGGGUGAAGAGGAGGUGCAGGGUGAGAGCAGGUGCAGGGUGAAAGAGGAGGUGCAGGGUGAAGAGCAGGUGCAGGGUGAAGAGGAGGUGCAGGGUGAAGAGCAGGUGCAGGGUGAAGAGGAGGUGCAGGGUGAAGAGGAGGUGCAGGGUGAAGAGCAGGUGCAGGGUGAAGAGGAGGUGCAGGGUGAAGAGCAGGUGCAGGGUGAAGAGGAGGUGCAGGGUGAAGAGGAGGUGCAGGGUGAAGAGGAGGUGCAGGGUGAAGAGCAGGUGCAGGGUGAAGAGGAGGUGCAGGGUGAAGAGGCAGGUGAAGAUCAGGGUGAAGAGGAGGUGCAGGGUGAAGAGGAGGUGCAGGGUGAAGAGGAGGUGCAGGGUGAAGAGGAGGUGCAGGGUGAAGAGGAGGUGCAGGGUGGAAGAGAGGUGCAGGGUGAAGAGGAGGUGCAGGGUGAAGAGGAGGUGCAGGGUGAAGAGGAGGUGCAGGGUGAAGAGGAGGUGCAGGGUGAAGAGGAGGUGCAGGGUGAAGAGGAGGUGCAGGGUGAAGAGGGAGGUGCAGGGUUGAAGAGGAGGUGCAGGGUGAAGAGGAGGUGCAGGGUGAGAGAGGCAGGUGAAGAGGAGGUGCAGGGUGAAGAGGAGGUGCAGGUGAAGAGGCAGGUGCAGGGUGAAGAGGAGGUGCAGGGUGAAGAGGAGGGUGAAGAGGAGGUGCAGGGUGAAGAGGAGGUGCAGGGUGAAGAGGAGGUGCAGGGUGAAGAGGAGGUGCAGGGUGAAGAGAGGUGCAGGGUGAAGAGGAGGUGCAGGGUGAAGAGGAGGUGCAGGGUGAAGAGGAGGUGCAGGGUGAAGAGGAGGUGCAGGGUGAAGAGGAGGUGCAGGGUGAAGAGGAGGUGCAGGGUGAAGAGGGAGGUGCAGGGUGAAGAGGAGGUGCAGGGUGAAGAGGAGGUGCAGGGUGAAGAGGAGGUGCAGGGUGAAGAGGAGGUGCAGGGUGAAGAGGAGGUGCAGGGUGAAGAGGAGGUGCAGGGUGAAGAGGAGGUGCAGGGUGAAGAGGAGGUGCAGGGUGAAGAGGAGGUGCAGGGUGAAGAGGAGGUGCAGGGUGAAGAGGAGGUGCAGGGUGAAGAGGAGGUGCAGGGUGAAGAGGAGGUGCAGGGUGAAGAGGAGGUGCAGGGUGAAGAGGAGGUGCAGGGUGAAGAGGAGGUGCAGGGUGAAGAGGAGGUGCAGGGUGAAGAGGAGGUGCAGGGUGAAGAGGAGGUGCAGGGUGAAGAGGAGGUGCAGGGUGAAGAGCAGGUGCAGGGUGAAGAGGAGGUGCAGGGUGAAGAGGAGGUGCAGGGUGAAGAGGAGGUGCAGGGUGAAGAGGAGGUGCAGGGUGAAGAGGAGGUGCAGGGUGAAGAGGAGGUGCAGGGUGAAGAGGAGGUGCAGGGUGAAGAGGAGGUGCAGGGUGAAGAGGAGGUGCAGGGUGAAGAGGAGGUGCAGGGUGAAGAGGAGGUGCAGGGUGAAGAGGAGGUGCAGGGUGAAGAGGAGGUGCAGGGUGAAGAGGAGGUGCAGGGUGAAGAGGAGGUGCAGGGUGAAGAGGAGGUGCAGGGUGAAGAGGAGGUGCAGGGUGAAGAGGAGGUGCAGGGUGAAGAGGAGGUGCAGGGUGAAGAGGAGGUGCAGGGUGAAGAGGAGGUGCAGGGUGAAGAGGAGGUGCAGGGUGAAGAGGAGGUGCAGGGUGAAGAGGAGGUGCAGGGUGAAGAGGAGGUGCAGGGUGAAGAGGAGGUGCAGGGUGAAGAGGAGGUGCAGGGUGAAGAGGAGGUGCAGGGUGAAGAGGAGGUGCAGGGUGAAGAGGAGGUGCAGGGUGAAGAGGAGGUGCAGGGUGAAGAGGAGGUGCAGGGUGAAGAGGAGGUGCAGGGUGAAGAGGAGGUGCAGGGUGAAGAGGAGGUGCAGGGUGAAGAGGAGGUGCAGGGUGAAGAGGAGGUGCAGGGUGAAGAGGAGGUGCAGGGUGAAGAGCAGGUGCAGGGUGAAGAGCAGGUGCAGGGUGAAGAGGAGGUGCAGGGUGAAGAGGAGGUGCAGGGUGAAGAGGAGGUGCAGGGUGAAGAGCAGGUGCAGGGUGAAGAGGAGGUGCAGGGUGAAGAGGAGGUGCAGGGUGAAGAGGAGGUGCAGGGUGAAGAGGAGGUGCAGGGUGAAGAGCAGGUGCAGGGUGAAGAGGAGGUGCAGGGUGAAGAGCAGGUGCAGGGUGAAGAGCAGGUGCAGGGUGAAGAGGAGGUGCAGGGUGAAGAGGAGGUGCAGGGUGAAGAGGAGGUGCAGGGUGAAGAGCAGGUGCAGGGUGAAGAGGAGGUGCAGGGUGAAGAGGAGGUGCAGGGUGAAGAGGAGGUGCAGGGUGAAGAGGAGGUGCAGGGUGAAGAGGAGGUGCAGGGUGAAGAGCAGGUGCAGGGUGAAGAGCAGGUGCAGGGUGAAGAGCAGGUGCAGGGUGAAGAGCAGGUGCAGGGUGAAGAGCAGGUGCAGGGUGAAGAGCAGGUGCAGGGUGAAGAGCAGGUGCAGGGUGAAGAGGAGGUGCAGGGUGAAGAGGAGGUGCAGGGUGAAGAGGAGGUGCAGGGUGAAGAGCAGGUGCAGGGUGAAGAGCAGGUGCAGGGUGAAGAGGAGGUGCAGGGUGAAGAGGAGGUGCAGGGUGAAGAGGAGGUGCAGGGUGAAGAGGAGGUGCAGGGUGAAGAGCAGGUGCAGGGUGAAGAGCAGGUGCAGGGUGAAGAGCAGGUGCAGGGUGAAGAGCAGGUGCAGGGUGAAGAGCAGGUGCAGGGUGAAGAGGAGGUGCAGGGUGAAGAGGAGGUGCAGGGUGAAGAGGAGGUGCAGGGUGAAGAGGAGGUGCAGGGUGAAGAGGAGGUGCAGGGUGAAGAGGAGGUGCAGGGUGAAGAGGAGGUGCAGGGUGAAGAGGAGGUGCAGGGUGAAGAGCAGGUGCAGGGUGAAGAGCAGGUGCAGGGUGAAGAGCAGGUGCAGGGUGAAGAGGAGGUGCAGGGUGAAGAGCAGGUGCAGGGUGAAGAGCAGGUGCAGGGUGAAGAGCAGGUGCAGGGUGAAGAGCAGGUGCAGGGUGAAGAGGAGGUGCAGGGUGAAGAGCAGGUGCAGGGUGAAGAGCAGGUGCAGGGUGAAGAGCAGGUGCAGGGUGAAGAGCAGGUGCAGGGUGAAGAGCAGGUGCAGGGUGAAGAGGAGGUGCAGGGUGAAGAGCAGGUGCAGGGUGAAGAGGAGGUGCAGGGUGAAGAGGAGGUGCAGGGUGAAGAGGAGGUGCAGGGUGAAGAGGAGGUGCAGGGUGAAGAGGAGGUGCAGGGUGAAGAGGAGGUGCAGGGUGAAGAGCAGGUGCAGGGUGAAGAGCAGGUGCAGGGUGAAGAGCAGGUGCAGGGUGAAGAGGAGGUGCAGGGUGAAGAGCAGGUGCAGGGUGAAGAGCAGGUGCAGGGUGAAGAGCAGGUGCAGGGUGAAGAGGAGGUGCAGGGUGAAGAGCAGGUGCAGGGUGAAGAGGAGGUGCAGGGUGAAGAGGAGGUGCAGGGUGAAGAGGAGGUGCAGGGUGAAGAGGAGGUGCAGGGUGAAGAGCAGGUGCAGGGUGAAGAGCAGGUGCAGGGUGAAGAGCAGGUGCAGGGUGAAGAGGAGGUGCAGGGUGAAGAGGAGGUGCAGGGUGAAGAGGAGGUGCAGGGUGAAGAGCAGGUGCAGGGUGAAGAGCAGGUGCAGGGUGAAGAGCAGGUGCAGGGUGAAGAGGAGGUGCAGGGUGAAGAGGAGGUGCAGGGUGAAGAGGAGGUGCAGGGUGAAGAGGAGGUGCAGGGUGAAGAGGAGGUGCAGGGUGAAGAGGAGGUGCAGGGUGAAGAGGAGGUGCAGGGUGAAGAGGAGGUGCAGGGUGAAGAGCAGGUGCAGGGUGAAGAGGAGGUGCAGGGUGAAGAGGAGGUGCAGGGUGAAGAGGAGGUGCAGGGUGAAGAGGAGGUGCAGGGUGAAGAGCAGGUGCAGGGUGAAGAGCAGGUGCAGGGUGAAGAGGAGGUGCAGGGUGAAGAGGAGGUGCAGGGUGAAGAGGAGGUGCAGGGUGAAGAGGAGGUGCAGGGUGAAGAGCAGGUGCAGGGUGAAGAGCAGGUGCAGGGUGAAGAGCAGGUGCAGGGUGAAGAGCAGGUGCAGGGUGAAGAGCAGGUGCAGGGUGAAGAGGAGGUGCAGGGUGAAGAGGAGGUGCAGGGUGAAGAGGAGGUGCAGGGUGAAGAGGAGGUGCAGGGUGAAGAGGAGGUGCAGGGUGAAGAGGAGGUGCAGGGUGAAGAGGAGGUGCAGGGUGAAGAGGAGGUGCAGGGUGAAGAGCAGGUGCAGGGUGAAGAGCAGGUGCAGGGUGAAGAGCAGGUGCAGGGUGAAGAGCAGGUGCAGGGUGAAGAGCAGGUGCAGGGUGAAGAGGAGGUGCAGGGUGAAGAGGAGGUGCAGGGUGAAGAGGAGGUGCAGGGUGAAGAGGAGGUGCAGGGUGAAGAGGAGGUGCAGGGUGAAGAGGAGGUGCAGGGUGAAGAGGAGGUGCAGGGUGAAGAGGAGGUGCAGGGUGAAGAGGAGGUGCAGGGUGAAGAGGAGGUGCAGGGUGAAGAGCAGGUGCAGGGUGAAGAGGAGGUGCAGGGUGAAGAGGAGGUGCAGGGUGAAGAGCAGGUGCAGGGUGAAGAGGAGGUGCAGGGUGAAGAGGAGGUGCAGGGUGAAGAGGAGGUGCAGGGUGAAGAGCAGGUGCAGGGUGAAGAGCAGGUGCAGGGUGAAGAGGAGGUGCAGGGUGAAGAGGAGGUGCAGGGUGAAGAGGAGGUGCAGGGUGAAGAGGAGGUGCAGGGUGAAGAGCAGGUGCAGGGUGAAGAGCAGGUGCAGGGUGAAGAGGAGGUGCAGGGUGAAGAGCAGGUGCAGGGUGAAGAGCAGGUGCAGGGUGAAGAGCAGGUGCAGGGUGAAGAGCAGGUGCAGGGUGAAGAGGAGGUGCAGGGUGAAGAGGAGGUGCAGGGUGAAGAGGAGGUGCAGGGUGAAGAGGAGGUGCAGGGUGAAGAGCAGGUGCAGGGUGAAGAGGAGGUGCAGGGUGAAGAGGAGGUGCAGGGUGAAGAGGAGGUGCAGGGUGAAGAGGAGGUGCAGGGUGAAGAGCAGGUGCAGGGUGAAGAGCAGGUGCAGGGUGAAGAGCAGGUGCAGGGUGAAGAGCAGGUGCAGGGUGAAGAGGAGGUGCAGGGUGAAGAGGAGGUGCAGGGUGAAGAGGAGGUGCAGGGUGAAGAGGAGGUGCAGGGUGAAGAGGAGGUGCAGGGUGAAGAGGAGGUGCAGGGUGAAGAGGAGGUGCAGGGUGAAGAGGAGGUGCAGGGUGAAGAGGAGGUGCAGGGUGAAGAGCAGGUGCAGGGUGAAGAGCAGGUGCAGGGUGAAGAGCAGGUGCAGGGUGAAGAGGAGGUGCAGGGUGAAGAGGAGGUGCAGGGUGAAGAGCAGGUGCAGGGUGAAGAGCAGGUGCAGGGUGAAGAGGAGGUGCAGGGUGAAGAGCAGGUGCAGGGUGAAGAGCAGGUGCAGGGUGAAGAGCAGGUGCAGGGUGAAGAGCAGGUGCAGGGUGAAGAGCAGGUGCAGGGUGAAGAGGAGGUGCAGGGUGAAGAGGAGGUGCAGGGUGAAGAGGAGGUGCAGGGUGAAGAGGAGGUGCAGGGUGAAGAGGAGGUGCAGGGUGAAGAGGAGGUGCAGGGUGAAGAGGAGGUGCAGGGUGAAGAGGAGGUGCAGGGUGAAGAGGAGGUGCAGGGUGAAGAGGAGGUGCAGGGUGAAGAGGAGGUGCAGGGUGAAGAGGAGGUGCAGGGUGAAGAGGAGGUGCAGGGUGAAGAGCAGGUGCAGGGUGAAGAGCAGGUGCAGGGUGAAGAGGAGGUGCAGGGUGAAGAGCAGGUGCAGGGUGAAGAGGAGGUGCAGGGUGAAGAGGAGGUGCAGGGUGAAGAGGAGGUGCAGGGUGAAGAGGAGGUGCAGGGUGAAGAGGAGGUGCAGGGUGAAGAGCAGGUGCAGGGUGAAGAGGAGGUGCAGGGUGAAGAGGAGGUGCAGGGUGAAGAGGAGGUGCAGGGUGAAGAGGAGGUGCAGGGUGAAGAGCAGGUGCAGGGUGAAGAGCAGGUGCAGGGUGAAGAGCAGGUGCAGGGUGAAGAGCAGGUGCAGGGUGAAGAGGAGGUGCAGGGUGAAGAGGAGGUGCAGGGUGAAGAGGAGGUGCAGGGUGAAGAGGAGGUGCAGGGUGAAGAGGAGGUGCAGGGUGAAGAGGAGGUGCAGGGUGAAGAGCAGGUGCAGGGUGAAGAGGAGGUGCAGGGUGAAGAGGAGGUGCAGGGUGAAGAGGAGGUGCAGGGUGAAGAGGAGGUGCAGGGUGAAGAGGAGGUGCAGGGUGAAGAGGAGGUGCAGGGUGAAGAGGAGGUGCAGGGUGAAGAGCAGGUGCAGGGUGAAGAGCAGGUGCAGGGUGAAGAGGAGGUGCAGGGUGAAGAGGAGGUGCAGGGUGAAGAGGAGGUGCAGGGUGAAGAGGAGGUGCAGGGUGAAGAGCAGGUGCAGGGUGAAGAGGAGGUGCAGGGUGAAGAGGAGGUGCAGGGUGAAGAGGAGGUGCAGGGUGAAGAGGAGGUGCAGGGUGAAGAGGAGGUGCAGGGUGAAGAGGAGGUGCAGGGUGAAGAGCAGGUGCAGGGUGAAGAGCAGGUGCAGGGUGAAGAGCAGGUGCAGGGUGAAGAGGAGGUGCAGGGUGAAGAGGAGGUGCAGGGUGAAGAGGAGGUGCAGGGUGAAGAGGAGGUGCAGGGUGAAGAGGAGGUGCAGGGUGAAGAGGAGGUGCAGGGUGAAGAGGAGGUGCAGGGUGAAGAGGAGGUGCAGGGUGAAGAGGAGGUGCAGGGUGAAGAGGAGGUGCAGGGUGAAGAGGAGGUGCAGGGUGAAGAGCAG